GCAUUUCACACAUCGCACACACAGACAAAGCUUUAGAUAGGACGCACGGGGAGCAGUAAAAGAGAUGAAGCUGGCCACUCUCUCCAUCGCGUGCAUGGCAGGGUACGCUCGCGCCUUCGUUGUGCCUCCUGCAGCGAGGAGCAGCUUUGCGCAACCGGCGGCGCGCGCUGGUCUCUCGACUGCUGCUGUGGGGGGCAGUCCGCGGAUGAGCAUUGCCAUCGUCACGGGAGCAAGCCGCGGACUGGGUGCCGCAAUCGCGAAGGACCUCGCCGGCGCGGGGUGCAGCGUGAUCGUCAACUACGCAGCAUCCUCCGGAGCCGCGGAAGAGGUGGUGAAAUCGAUCCAGGAGGCCGGGGGCAAGGCCGCCGCCGUGAAGGCGGACGUGUCCAAGACGGACGAGGUGAAGACGCUCUUCGCGGACGCGGCGGCGGCUUUCCCCGACGAGAAGAUCGAGGUGGUGGUGAACAACGCCGGCAUCACGAGGGACACCCUCACCAUGCGAAUGAAGCCCGACCAGUGGCAGUCGGUGAUCGACCUGAACCUGAGCGGCGUGUUCUACGUCUCCCAGGCGGCGUGCAAGCUCAUGCUCAAGCAGCGCAAGGGCCGCAUCAUCAACAUUUCGUCCAUUGUGGGGCUCAUCGGCAACCCCGGACAGGCUAACUACGCCGCCGCGAAGGCUGGCGUGAUCGGCAUGACAAUGUCCAUGGCGAGGGAGUUCGCCGCUCGAGGCGUUACCGUCAACGCCGUGUGCCCCGGGUUCAUCGAGAGCGACAUGACAGCCGACCUCGACCAGGACGCCAUCAAGAAGAUGAUCCCCCUGGGCAGGCUAGGAAAGCCGGAUGAGAUUGCGGGGAUGGUCAAGUUCAUUGCCACGGAGGACAGCGCGGCAUACAUCACGGGACAGACCUUCACCGUGGACGGUGGCAUGGCCAUCGGCGCGUGA